GAAUAUUUAAUUGCGGCGGGACCAUAAAGGAGUUUGAUUUAGAUGACUACUGUGCAGUGGGUUGAAAUCUCUAUCACUAGGUCAUUGACCAAAUCAUGCCGGUCCUCACGCGCUUUCAUAUCCCUAAUACCAUUCACAGAUCCAGACAUGAUAAACCAUUUCCAUGGCACAAUGUGCAUGGCCUUCACCGUCUUGAAAACUUCCCGGCCACUGCUAUUUUUAGCCCUUUUAUGUUUAGCUCGCUCGCGGUCACGGCUCCUUCACCUCUCUCGCUCAGUAAGCCCCAGUGCACGCAGGCUCCGUUCCACCACACCCCGAGAAAACAUUCGCAGGAUCAUACGCUUCUCAAACAGAAAUUCAUCCCUCUUAAUGGUCCUUCGCCUCCCAUUCCACUGUUUUCCUUUAAAGCACUACUACGCACACCACCAGAAACGAAAUCACCUCCAUCAAGUUAACCUGGAAGCGGAAGCACAGGGCAAUCCCUUCAAGUUCAGCGGCCGAAAAAGAGGUCGUGCUAAGAGUUCAAGUCCACCAAGUCAAGGCUUAGCCAUCUUGUUCUCGUUCCAUCCGACAUCUCGAAUUCCACCAUCAAGUCCAAACAACGCUGUGAUCGAACAACGCUGCGGGGUAUCAUCAUGCAUAAGUGCGGAACAUAGAAUGCCCACAAACGCUGAUAUGCUAGCCGUAAACUCAUGAUCAUAAAACAUGAAAACAACGACAAGGUCCAUUAAAGGCAUGCCGAGGGUGAAAACGGUACUUCCUAAAGUGUCAUUGCCCUGAUACCAUAGGGCCAUCUGUGAUUCGGGGGUGGAUAACCAGCCUCCGUGAACCCGAUUCAACGCUUGUGUGUUCAGCUAACCACGAGGGCCACUUACUCAUACAAAG